UUAACGUUGUAUACAAAUAUGUGACCUAUCAUAAAUAAUUCACUUGCCGGUAUUUCUUUUUGGUUUCGGUGUCAUGCCCAAGAUGUGCGCUUGUGACUCGUCGUGUCUUUAGGAACCCUUUUUGUCCGUCUUUGUUUUUAUUUUUGUCUUUGUUUCACGCCGGAGGUAUUUUAUAGGCACACCUUCAGCCAUGAACGCGGAAUCCAAACAUGUCUUGGAAUACUUGACAGAAGUCGAGGAAGCAGCAGAAGAAGUCCUCACCACCAAACAGCAGAUUGUGGACCUAGAUGUGAAGAGAAAUAGGAAUAGGGAGGCAAUCAAUGCACUGAAAAAUGACAUGUCUGAGUCAGACAAAGUUAAGGUUUGCUUCGGAAACAUGUUCAUCAAAUUUCCCAAAUCAAAGACCAAGGAGAUGAUUCAGAAAGACCAGGAACAGUUGGACAAGGAAAUAAAUGACCUUCGCAAAGGACUGAAAGCCAAGGUUAAUCAUCUCAAUGAGACACAAGGAAAACCCGAGCUGAGAGGCUACAACCUCUCUCCCCUCUCUGCUGAUGAAACGAGAGCCAUCAACAGCCUGUUAAAGCGAUGACACCGAGUGACAAACAUGCUAAAUGCUCAAAAGCUCCUUUGGAGAGUAUGAAAGCCCUGAAGAGCACACGUUUUGAAGUUGCCAAUUGCUCCAGCAAGUUCCCGCAGCAACGAUUGUGCUUACAACAAACAGUUUGAUGGAUGGAUAUGUAAUUGUGCUUUUGGAGCGGAAAGCUCUGUAGUUUGCCAUAUUUACUUUUUUCAUUUUCACCAAUUUUCCAUUUAAAUAUUUAAACAAAAACACCUUGUAAAGGCCGUUGCAUUGUGGAAUGCUAAAAAAAAAAGAAAAAAAAAGGACUGCAUAACGUCAACUAGGAGACUGAAACAUGUUAUGGCUACUUUGUCUUGAACCUUUAGGUAUGUGGUUGAUUUUAUAGCCUCAAGGUGGCAGUGAAUCCUAUGAGGUAAAAUGAUCGAAGUACACAUCUGUGAUACCAGCACACAUCUCAACAGGCUGUUUAACAGAAGUGCAGUGCGGAAGUGGGAAAAAAAUCAAAUUUGGUUGCCGAUAAUUUCCAUAAGGAGACAAGUAUUAUCGGUUCUUUUGUGGGGGUGGCUGCUGGGGGGCAUUUUUUUGCCUCUGUCAGUCAGGCAAGUGGGGAAUGACAGGAAAUUAUCAAGAGAGGGAGGUGUUGGUGCAUUUAAGGUAAAUGUCUAGAUGUGAACCCAGGAUGUUAUGCUUAGUCUAGUUGAGACACUAGGAAUUCCUGCCAUAGCAUCUUCCCAUAAAGAGCUAUAGUAACCAGUUUUGUUUUUGAUUUGUUGUUCUUUAUUGUUUUACCAUUGUUUGUUGCUUUAAUUAAAUGUUUUGACAUAAAUUGACU